GCCAUCUUUACCGUUACGCUGUUUGCGUAGCGAGGAUUGAGGAAUAGGAUAUGACCUUGCUUGCUGCCGGGCUGCUGAUGAAAGUUGAUGCUGUGAAUUAGAUGUUCAACCCUGCGUUUCGACGGCACCACAUCAGACUGGUAUGGUAUCAUGGAGAGAGACAAUCAUGAAGAAGGAGAGGCACAGGGAGUGAAGAUUUGUGAUCCACCCUGUGAGAGAAAUCCACCUGCUGACACCUUGGCGACUUCUCUCUCCCUCCUGGGGAAUCACAUGUUUCCUUAUCCGGUGGAGAGAAAGGACAGUACCACUGUUAACCAAGAGGAGCCUGCAGAUUCAAUCCUGUCAGAUGUUACAGCAGAGGAGAAGAGUCUGGAUGAAGAGCCCCAGUCCAACCAGGUAACAGAGCCAGAGACGGAGGAGACAGAAAACUCUGAGUGUCAGAACAAUGUGUCUUCCCAGCCGCCUGACGAGGGAACCGAGGAUGCUGCCACUGAGAAUGACCGUAGCGACUCGGGGGAGUUUGUCGUUACAAUGUUGGCCAAGGCCAAGCUGGAGGAGCAAGGAAUAGGUGUGGAGGGAAGGUCAUCUCCCUUGUUGGAGGCAGGCAUCCAGGAAUACCCUGCUUUUAUGUCUCAUCGUGAUGAGGACGUGACAGCUGAAAGCUGGCGGCAGCACAGGAAGCAUGUUUUCGUGUUGAGUGAAGCAGGCAAACCCAUCUAUUCCCGAUAUGGCAGUGAAGAGGCUCUUUCAUCUACAAUGGGAGUCAUGAUGGCGCUGGUGUCCUUUGUUCAAAGUGGAGAUAAUAUCAUCCGCUCAGUCUAUUCAGAGGGGCACACCGUGGUGUUCUUACAGAAAGGGCCCCUAGUGCUGGUGUGUGUCUCUUGCAGUCGUCAGACUGAGCAGCAGCUCCGUGGAGAGCUCCUCUAUGUGUACUACCAGAUCAUCAGCAUGCUCACCCAAGCCAGCAUCUCCCGCAUCUUUGAGCACAAGAAAAACUACGACCUGAGGAGGCUCCUGGCGGGCUCGGAGAAGAUCCUGGACGGUCUUCUCAACCUGGUGGAUUCCGACCCCAGCUUCCUGCUAGCAGCAGUACACUGCUUGCCCAUAGCUUCCUCUCUCAGGGACUCUCUCAGCCUGAUCCUGCAGAAAGCAAUCACCCCCAAUCUGGUUUUCUCCAUCCUCAUUGCGAAGAACCAGCUGCUCACCAUCGUCCAAGAAAAGACUGUCAUUGAGGACGCCAGGCUGGAGCCUGCUGACGUCCACCUUCUGCUCAACCUAAUCGGAGCGUCCUCUGCCUUUCAGGCUGGGGAGAUCUGGACUCCCAUCUGCCUCCCCCUCUUUAACCCUGACUGUUACUUUUAUGCAUACAUUUCUUACCUGGACCCUCCAGAAUGCACUGUUUGCUUGCUGCUGCUCUCGACAGACAAGGAGGCUUUCUACGCCGUAGCCGACUGCAAGAGGAAGAUAGAGGAGGCCAUGAUUGCUCAGAACUCCCUGAGCCUCAUAGCCAAAGUCCAGUCGUACAGUGUGAGCCAGGUGGGCGUCUCAGACCUCAGACACUUCAUGUACAAGCCCUUUGAUGUGCCCGACAACUACCGCCAGCUAACUCAGUUCACCAGCCCAGAGAUGGAGGCCCCCUACAGCAGUGAAGAGGAGAAAAUGAGACUCCUGGACCUUUAUCGUUAUAUGCACAGCCGCAUCCACCACACCUCAAGACCCCUCAAGCUCAUCUACCACGUCGCUGAGAGGGAAACUCUGCUAGCCUGGGUCACAAGUAAGUUUGAACUGUACACCUGCUUCAGUCCUCUGGUGACGAAGGCCUGUGCUAUCACUGCUAUCACUAAGCUUCUACGGUGGAUUAAAAAGGAGGAGGACCGUCUAUUCAUCAGAUACCCUUCAAAGUAUUCAACCACCCCGAACCCCAGCAAGAGCUCUCGAGGCGGGAAAUCUGACCAGCAAGACUCCACAGAUAACGGCUUCUUAUCUCUUCUAUAGGACUUUCUUAGCGCUCAGCCUCAUUCAACAAUAGUUUGUACACUGGUUCCAAGAUAUUUUUGAACCCCCUUUUGACUCUUGUUGGACUUGACAGACAUUGACUACUGGAAUCUCUACAACACUACAAAAGUUUUACACUAUUUAAGAAGGAAUGAACUCUUUCAGUCUAGUAUUAUUUCUUCAUUGGAUCACUGCUUUCGAUCAGAAACAGUCAGGGCGAGACAGCGUUAGUGCGUUUUAAAUCGAACUGUGGUAGAAAAAUAAUUGCAAUGAUAUUUAAUUGUAUGUUUUUAUAUUGUUUUAUAACUGGAACAAGAAGGAAAAUUUCCUCACGGACAGUGAAUGUAUCACACAGAUGACAGUUCAUUCAUAUGCUAUAACUAUUCACAACAGUAAAUUAAGAUGAGGAGUGAAAUUAACUUAAACUACCUUUCUCAGACUAGUUCUUAGAUUUCUUUCAUUGAACAAUAACAUACCAAUGUCACAAAACAGGAUAUGCAAGAAAUGAAUGAACUGGAACUGCGAGUACAGGGAUGGGCCACCAUGCGUCAUACUGGGUCAUGAACUGGCCUCUAUGGAUUUGGUGGCUCAUCCCUCUGAAACAACAUGAAAACGUGUCGUUUCAUAUCCCACUGACGUUUCUACAUCAAAUUUAAAUGAUCAGGUUUCAUUAAUGUUACAUUUUGUGCAGAAAACAAGUAGGAAAUCCCAGCCUGUUACAACUGAUCGCUUUACAGGAUCGACAUUGUUUGUGUUUUCAUCGUCCUCUAGUUAAGCUAAGAAGAUGCCACUGAGCUCACACAGUGUUUUCUGCAGGUACGACUAUCAGUCGACACUUGACUUAGUGACUUCAGGUGACUUGUCCUUUUGGAUAAUAGUUUUGUAAUAAUUGUCUAUAAACAGUAGCCUCAUCUUUGUGUCCUUUGAGGAAUUUCCUGUCAAUUAAAGUCUUAAGAGUAUGUCAAUAGUAUUAUAAAAUAAAUCCCCGGUUACACCAGUCUAACCUUGUUCUGAUUAAAUAGAGAUGUUGAAGUGAAUAUGCUUCAUUUAUGACCCACCAGAAAAUGAAAAAUUCACUUUACAGAAAGAAACACUUGAUUUUCUGGGUCUGGCAUUUUCUAAAAUAUUUUCCUAUGAGUUUAUUGAACUACUUAAUUUGGUACUAAUUAUUAUUCUUAUUAAAAGAAAAACAGACAGUUGGUAGACUGCCAGUUAAUUGCUUGUUUAACUUGAGUCUUUUUUUUUUUUUUUUUUUAAACGUGCAUGGCAGGUGAGCUUUAGGUGCAAUUAUGGGAAAUGUAUUUAAAGGUGAGCAUUCAGUUAACAAAUAUGAUGAAUAAAG